CGGAGCUGGGGAUUAAUGGGAAAAGUUUUGGCAGAAGCCGGAGGAGCCUGCGGGACGGCGGCGGUGGCGCGGAAGGCCGCCAGAGCAGUGUUUGGUGGUUUGGGCAUGCCGGUGGUACUCACACAGUGGCUUCUGCUCACCAACAGAUGAGGACAGAUGCAUCAAAGAGCUCUUUCCAGGUGUGACCUUCAUAGCCCUGUAAGGACAGACCAGAAGAGAUUUUUGCAGUUCAGGAUACUCUGCACAAUAAGGAGGCUGACAGGAACUGCCCUGUAGAGGUCCAUCUGCGUUCAGACCCAGAUGAUGCCAGAGCUAUGACCGGGCCUGCAGGCGUGGUGCCGAGGGGAAAUCAGCCAUGGAGCAGCCACCGGAGGAAGCCCCUGAGGUCCGGGAAGAGGAGGAGAAAGAGGAAGUGGCAGAGGCAGAAGGAGCCCCAGAGCUCAAUGGGGGACCAGAGUGCGCACUACCUUCCAGCAGCUACACAGACCUCUCCCGGAGCUCCUCGCCGCCCUCACUGCUGGACCAGCUGCAGAUGGGCUGCGAUGGGGCCUCGUGUGGCAGCCUCAACAUGGAGUGCCGCGUGUGUGGGGACAAGGCCUCAGGAUUCCACUAUGGUGUUCAUGCCUGUGAGGGGUGCAAGGGCUUCUUCCGUCGCACAAUCCGCAUGAAGCUGGAAUAUGAGAAGUGUGAGCGGAACUGCAAGAUCCAGAAGAAGAACCGAAACAAGUGCCAGUACUGCCGCUUCCAGAAAUGCUUGGCACUGGGCAUGUCACAUAAUGCCAUCCGCUUUGGCCGAAUGCCGGAGGCUGAGAAGAGAAAGCUGGUGGCAGGGCUGACAGCAAGUGAAGGGAGUCGGCACAACCCACAGGUAGCUGACCUGAAGGCCUUCUCCAAGCACAUCUAUAAUGCCUACCUGAAAAACUUCAACAUGACCAAAAAGAAGGCCCGCGGCAUCCUCACUGGCAAGGCCAGCCACACAGCGCCCUUUGUGAUCCACGACAUCGAGACAUUGUGGCAGGCAGAGAAGGGCCUGGUAUGGAAGCAGUUGGUGAACGGCCUGCCGCCCUACAAGGAGAUCAGCGUGCAUGUCUUCUACCGCUGCCAGUGCACCACAGUAGAGACCGUGCGUGAGCUCACCGAGUUCGCCAAGAGCAUCCCCAGCUUCAGCAACCUCUUCCUCAACGACCAGGUGACCCUUCUCAAGUACGGCGUGCAUGAAGCCAUCUUCGCCAUGCUAGCCUCCAUUGUCAACAAAGACGGGCUCCUGGUAGCCAAUGGCACUGGCUUUGUCACCCGUGAGUUCCUACGUAGCCUCCGCAAGCCCUUCAGCGAUAUCAUCGAGCCCAAGUUCGAAUUUGCUGUCAAGUUCAAUGCCCUGGAACUUGAUGACAGUGACCUGGCUCUCUUCAUCGCGGCCAUCAUUCUCUGUGGAGACCGGCCAGGCCUCAUGAACGUGCCACAAGUGGAGGCCAUCCAGGACACCAUCCUGCGAGCCCUUGAGUUCCACCUGCAGGCUAACCACCCUGACGCCCAGUACCUCUUCCCCAAGCUGCUGCAGAAGAUGGCUGACCUGCGGCAGCUGGUCACUGAGCAUGCCCAGAUGAUGCAGCGGAUCAAGAAGACUGAGACUGAGACCUCGCUGCACCCCCUGCUCCAGGAGAUCUAUAAGGACAUGUACUGAGGGGUGCACCUCCCAGCCAGUCUUCAGGGGCGUCAAGAACCAGGGGCCAGGUGGACAGCGCUAGGACAGGUGGCGCCUGCCCUUUUCCGUUGACCAGCCCCGAGCACCGGGAGCAGCGAGCUCACACACUCGUGUGCAGAACACAGCGCUGCUCCCGGCGUGGCCUUCCUCCUCGCCCUCUGUCAUCUCCCGCUUUCUCAGUUCCUCACUUCCUCUUUCUAAUUUGUUUUUUCCCUUCCCCUUUAUAGGCAUCCUUUCUCCUCUGUCCUUCAGCCUCCCUUUUCCCCAAUCCCAUGUCUGUCCCUGUUUCUUUCUGUAAGACAGUUUUGUGUUAUUUCACCAGCAGCAUAGAACAGGAACUCUGCUUUUGCCCCCGCUGUCUCUGGAGCAGGAGGAAGUGGGGCCUCACUCUGCUCCUGUCUUCACAGCAAAGGACGUGAGCCAUCCAAAGAAACACUAAAACGCUGGACUCAGCUUUCUGGGAGGGCUGAGCUUGGCCUCGGCUGACUACAGCAGCGGCCUCUGGUCGUGGCCCUGGCUAGCAUGGAUGGUCACUGCCCUCCUGAGGCUGAGGCCGCACCCCUGACCCAGCCCACCCUAUCCAACAGCACACCCCAGUCCACUGACACCCAACAUGCUUCCGUUCUUCUCAUCUGUCUUCCAGGCCAGUGUUGCUGAUGGCCCCCUGCGCUGGCUGCUGGGGGGCACCACCCCCAGCCUGAAAAGAAGUGGGGUUUCUCCAGGUGGGGGCCCCGAUGCUCCCAUUGAAGAGGAGUGAACCUCAGGGAGGUAGAAGUUGGUGGAAAGUAGUGAGCAGUGCACUUAACUGUGACCCCAGGCCAUGGGGUCAGCCCUCCGAUAGCACCCAGCCCCUCCCUCCACCCUGAGCAGCCACUGAGUCUGUCUGUCUGUUGUCAGCACCGCAGCGCCCCUGAGUGCCAGGGCCUGGCCUCGCGUGCAGCGAUCCUCUCCAGCCUGGAGACACCGGCACUGGCUUGAGCUCAGCUGAGCUCGCCCCUCCACACUCCCCAGAGCUGCCACUCCAGCCCGCACCCGAGCACUGGGAUCACUUUACCUGCAGGUUCAUCCCCACCCUCCCCCACCCCCUCUGCUCCCUGAGGUGGGUGGGCCCCCAGCGGGGCUGCACCUGGAUGGGCCAGCCGUGCCCGCACUCCCAGGGCUGGACUGGAGACCUUGGUGGGCAGGGGAAUCCUACAGGCUCAGCCCAUCUCGUGAGAGAUGCCGGGUAAACGGAUGCUGCAGUGGCCCAGCAGCCCUGCUGCCCGCUCCUCCACUGCAUUCAGCCCAGCUGGUCACCUGGAACUCUGCACGUCUUCUGUGGCCAUGACCUUGCCAGGUCCAGCCCCACUCCUCUUGACUCCUGCUCCCAGGCAAAGUACACUCGCUCCAGAGGACGGGCUAAAGGGUAGUUUGGGGUGCUGUGUCUAAACAGAAGUCGGGGCUUUCCCAGUGAGGAAACUGGGGGAAACGUACUAGGAUCUCAAAGCAAGAUGGUAGAACACCUGCGGUUAGAGCCCGUGUGUCUAGGGCUGUCUGGUGCUCUUCCCUGGGCACCGGAGGGGGCCUCUGGCUGACUGCAGCUGUGGGAAGAAACCCCCCAGGAGAGCAGACCAACCUGGGCUCUGCCCUGCCAAUGCCAGCGCCCGCCAUGGCUUUCCAUGCCCAGAAAACACACUACUGGCAAGACUCCUCCCUCCCUGCCUAUCCUGAGCUGGCCAGGGGUUUGCUUUAGGGGUGCUUUCUUUGGGCCAGUGCUGUGAAAGGCAAGACUGCCUGACCCUCCCCCUCUUUCCCACCACUCCUGCCCAUCCCCCACCCGGGUCUGGUGCUGAGGAUACAGCCCUUCUCAGUGUCUGAACAAUCUCCAAAAUUGAAAUGUAUAUUUUUGCUAGGAGCCCCAGCUUCCUGUGUUUUUAAUAUAAAUAGUGUACACAGACU